AUGGCGUCCGUGGUCCCCGACAACCUAACCAGGGAGCAAUACGUGUACCUCGCGAAGCUAGCCGAGCAAGCCGAGCGCUACGAAGAGAUGGUCCAGUUCAUGGAGAAGCUGGUCGUCGGCGCAACCCCCGCCGGCGAGCUGACCGUGGAGGAGCGCAACCUGCUCUCCGUGGCUUACAAGAACGUGAUCGGCUCGCUCCGAGCCGCGUGGCGCAUCGUGUCGUCGAUCGAGCAGAAGGAGGAGGGUCGCAAGAACGAGGAGCACGUGGCUCUGGUGAAGGAAUAUAGAUCCAAGGUCGAGACCGAGCUCUCUGAUGUCUGCGCCAGCAUCUUGAAGAUCUUAGACUCCAAUCUCGUGCCCUCCGCCAAGUCCAGCGAGUCCAAGGUCUUCUACCUGAAGAUGAAGGGCGACUACCACCGCUACAUGGCUGAGUUCAAGGCUGCUGAUGAGAGAAAGGCUGCUGCAGAAGACACCAUGCUCGCUUACAAGGCUGCCCAGGACGCAGCGCUUGCGGAUCUUGCACCAACGCAUCCGAUAAGAUUGGGUCUAGCACUGAAUUUCUCAGUGUUCUACUAUGAGAUUCUCAAUCAGUCUGAUAAAGCUUGCAGCAUGGCCAAACAGGCAUUUGAGGAAGCGAUUGCUGAGCUAGACACUUUGGGAGAAGAAUCAUACAAGGACAGCACUCUGAUCAUGCAACUUUUGAGGGACAACCUCACUCUUUGGACUUCAGAUGCGGACCAGUUGGAUGAACCAUAG